AUGGAUACGGACUAUAAUCAAGGAUUGAAGACGAUUAAUGAAAAUAAAUUAUCAGAUCAACCAGUAGAGGAAAAGAAACGACGUAGAAAAUGUCAUGGUAAUCGAAAAGUACAACGAUUUCGUAAGAAAUGUCGUGCUCAAGGAAUGAAACCACAAAACAUUGAGAGAAAAAUCAAGAAGAGAUUUGGUGAUUCUCAUACAAAUCAGCCAACAUCCAUCAUCAAGAACAAUGAUUCAAUUGACCAUCAUCCUAAAACAAACAUAACAUUGAAUCAGAGUAUUAAAAAGACUUCUAUCAAACGAAAACGAGAACCCGUUCGAUCAUUGAGUCAAUUUUCAAUUUCACAACCAGAACCAAAGAAAGUAAAAAAGAAACAAAAUAUAAUUCAGACAUUAGUGCCAAAACCCGAUAAAGUGUAUCGAGUAGCAUCAUAUUUGAAACGACCACCAAGAUUAUUGAUCCAAGCAUUAGGUCGACAACUGGAUCAUCCAAUUAAGACUAAAUCGGAACAAAAAUUUAUUUAUUCACGAUUAAAACUAUUAGAUUUACAAUUUUGUUUAAAUAUACAUCAAUCUCUUUGGCAAUCUUAUUUUGAUCUUAGCUAUGAACAACAUCAAUGGUCAGAUCAUUUAUAUAAGAUAACGAAAACCAAUGAACCUCAUUCAUGUCAAAAAUUCAUACAAGAAUAUUUGACUCAUAUACAACAGCAAUUAGAACAAUGUAGUACACAGUUGAAUUUACAAGCAACAACUUGUCCUGAAAAAUUGACGAUAACUCUCCUUGAUCAUCAUUUAAAAGAAUAUGUCUGUUCACAACAAAAACGAUUCACUCGUAAAAUUCAUCAUCAACUAAAACGAUUCAAAGAUGAGUUACAUGAAAAACGACUUUAUCGUAUAUUAUUUGACAAUAAUCUGACAAGUGACCAGAAGGAAGCAAUCAAUCGUCUUAUUCAUCUACGAGAAACAGAAUUACAAAUACGAAAAGAAUUGUUACUGUUAGAACAACGAAUUCUAUCAAAACUAUUACCUUCUAAUUUUGAUCAAUUAGAUACACUGAUUGCAUCUGAUUUCUAUACACCAGUUCUUGAAGACCAAUAUUCACUUAAUUACAAACUAAAACGUUCAAAAAUCUUACAAGAAACGAAACGAACUUGGCUUGAUAUACUAAUGGAAUCUUACGAUGUCAAAAUGAAAGAAUGUAAUCGACAAUAUCAAGAAGAGUUAACACAAUUAGAGUUAGACAUUUCCAAACAUCAACAGCAUCAUCACGAUGCACGUGUUCUAUGUCGUACUGUUCAAGUUUAUAUAAAACAUCGAACUAUUCAAAUCAAGAAAGAUACAUUUCAACAAAUGAACAAUUUUCAUGGGAAACUUAGUCGUCGUCGUCAACGCUCUAAAAAAGCAAAGCAAACAAUUGGCGUGUCUCCAGAAGUGAUACUCAAUGUGAAUGAUCAUUCAUUGGCUAUGAUUGGACAUGAGUAUCUUUCUCGACAUGGAAAUUAUAUUCGACCAAAUCGUACUGCUCUUCGUUCAUAUAAGGAACGAGUAAAAAUAGUUCAAGAGCAACAUGAAAUCAUGAUAAAUCAAAUGAUAUUACGGCUUUCGGAAAAAUGUCACAUAAAUGCUAAAUCAAACAUUUUCAAACAAUUUUCUGAACGUCUUCAAGCUUGUCUCAUGCGUCACUAUAUGGCUCCACUGCCAUUUAUUGAACACGUUCGCGCUCAACGUGAUUUACAGACGAUGAAGUUGAUUCGUCGUAAACUCAAGAAAAACCAAUUACUUCUUCGAGAAACAGAUAAAGGUGGCAAUUUGUAUGUAGCUCAUGUAAAUGAAUUUGAAGAAAAGGCAAUUGAAUAUCGAAUGAAAACAGGUGCCUAUGAAGAAUUAUCAUCAAGUCCCAUUGAAGAGAUUUUAAGUAAAGUCACUCGCUUACUCAAUGAUCUUCAUGCCAAGCCCAACCAAAUUUCACCUCAACAAUAUAAAAAAAUUAUACCAAGUCGAUUAACUGUCGAGUUAGCCUAUAUGUAUUACAAUCCUAAAGCACAUAAGGUAAUGUCUCGCCUACUAUUUAUUACUCGUUUUUUUUCAAAUUCAAUAACUAUUUGCUUUUAUCUUCUUCUAAUUAUAAUCCAAUAA